CGACAGGAAGUGGAAUGGCUAUCUUACAGAUCGGCUGUGAUAACAGCUCGAUGCGGACCUGCCGGGCUUUAAUUCCCUUUAACUGUGACCCUGAUCGCUCUGAAGUUGAUUCCAGUAGAGUCAACACAGAAGUGGGAGGCAGUGAAGGAGGAGCAGCAGCCUACCUGGUCCCUUUAGCCCACACCUCUAUAAUGUCCCCACGGCUCCGCCCACACUGACCGUCUUCUCCCCGGCGUGCAGAAAGACACGGCUAGUAUGCAGCAGAACUGUCGCAGCUUUUCCAUGAAGUGGCGCUGCUGAGAAACGAUCAGUCGGGGCUGUACUGCCGGCGCCGCCAUGGAUGACUUCACUACAAGGACGUAUGGCACGAGUGGCCUGGACAACAGACCGCUGUUUGGAGAGACGUCCGCUCGGGAUCGAAUCAUCAACACGGCAGUGGGGGGAUUUACGUCUGUGGUGGUUCUGGUGACUGUCAUCUGUUCCUUUGUGUUUCCCACGAUGCCUCCGCGGCCGCUGAACAUCUUCUUCGCCGUGUGCAUCCUGCUGACCUGCAGCUCUACGUUAGUGCUGAUAUUCUGGUACCGGCAGGGCAACCUGGAGCCCAAAUUCAGGAAUCUGAUCUACUUCAUGCUGGCGUCCAUCGUGCUGCUGUGUAUAUGUGCCAACCUCUACUUCCAUGACGUCAGGUAAAGGCAGGGCCAAGGAAGCGGGAACAAGGGAACACGUAGCCUUCAUGAGCAGGACCAGCGUGAAGGAGUCACAUGACCAAAAUAAUAACUGUUACAUAAACUUGAACGUGGUGUGGAAUCAGCACCAGUGGGAACUGUGCACAGAGACUUGACUCAGUGUGGGAUGAUGAUGUACUGUAAGAGGCGACAAACUGCUGGAGCACAACACACAGUCGACUGUUUAUACGCACAAAAAAUCCACCUCUGAUUCUCAGAGUCGCUUUAAAUCUGACGUCUUUUACAUUUAUCUUUCCUUCACUCUCACGUUUGAUCUGCAGUUCUUUAAAGAUAUGAGUUUUGAUCAUUAAACUCCAACAAAACGCCAUCAAAGGUCCCAUUAACAGGACAGCAGGAGGCAGGAAUGCAGGCUGGAUGUCAGAGAGCUCCUUUACUCACCAGCUUCGCUCUGUUUUUUCCCAGGGAGAAAGUGUCCAAAAACAAAACCUGUAGUUCCUCUAGUGGCCACUAGAGGCUGGCACCAGCAGUGAGUCGGUAGACUCCCUUGUUAAAACACAGAAAUAAACAUAUUUUUAUCCUGAUACACUGUUCAAACCUUUAACAGCUGCAGCAGAGAUGAACCAUGGUGGUGCCCAACAAACCUGAGACGUCACAAUGGCCAUGUCCAUCUUUUAUAUACAGACUGUGGACAUUAUGAAGGCAUAAACAUGUUUUAUCCUAAAUCUACUUCCAAAGUGGACUCUUCAGAACAAUUCAAACAUAGACAAGCUCACAAAGGGAACAAAGGACCAGGCCACUGUCAUACCAUAACCUCAUCUUAUGUUAGUCUGAGAAUCUGCUAAUUAUGGAUUAUAGUAUGCCAUGCCACCACCACCCCUUCUCAGGAGAGAAAACGGAAGCUAAUGGUGGUGUGUGUCGUCUGUUACCAUUAACUAAUAUAAAAACCCAUAGUGGUGCAUUCAGGGGGCUUUCUGUCCUCAGCCCAAAUUCAGAUGUAUUCUGCUGCUGUUACCUGCUCAGGUGAGAACCAGGUGGGCUUUUCCUUUAACCUGGAUGCAGGCUGUGAGCAUGGAGGGAAGCAGCAGUUCAGUACUGUAGACGUUAGCAGGCAGCUGUAGCAGCACAUCGGAAAUAUGCAAACCUGUGUUUUCUCCGUCUGUCGGCUUCUGAUAACCGUGUAUAUAAUUACUGUCCACAUGUGGCUGAGAGGAUUUUAAGUUGGAUUUAAACGCCGAAUUACACAGACUGCCAAUUCUUUGCACUAAGCAUUUCUAAAUCACACACACUCUCUCUCUACCCUUUUUCUCUCUCAGGCCAGCUGUAGCACCAGUGGAAAUGAAUGAAAGCUUUGUAAAUGGCUUUACCCAUAAAGCUGUGUCACUGUUAUUAAUCUGGCUGUUUCAGAUCCAUUCAGUCCUCAAGCAUCCAUUCCUCCUGCUGCUCCUGCUUUAUGACCUGUUAUUCAUAUAAGGUUUUCAGUUUUCCAAUUUUCCAAAAAACACCAUCGAGGGUUUAAAAGCCUUCAGAUCCUCUUUUCAAUAAAGUUUAAAAAAAAAAAAAAAAACAGGAGCGGGAGGUUAUUUUCCAUCUAAAGAUAAUAAACCUGAGUCUAACAGAAAGAAGACAGAAAACUAACUAGUAGCGACGUUUGGUAGGUUGAAUGAUGAUCAGGUAGAAUCUGAUACGUCCACAGCACGAGGCAGCAUUAGCAACCAGGGAACAAUGGCAAGAAGAACCCUGGUGCUUAAUUAGUUUGGAGUAAAUCCUCCAACCGGCCUGUUUAAAGGGCCAGUUUGCCCAGAAUUACCAAACCAGACUAUAAACUGGAUUCCGCAUUAAUCAUGCAAGGCUGCUUAUGUUUACACCAACCGUAAGAAAUCACUGCCUCUGUGGGCAGCUAUGACUUCUGACUAGUUCAAGCAAAACUCACAAAAAACAUCAAAACCAGCAGCACUCCCAUCUCUGCGCCAUCUGUUGGAAUGAAUGCUCUCUGAGGGACUAUUUUCAGCUGCGGAUAAAUCCAGCGGGUGUUACAGGCGUUACCAGCUAUGAAACAAUGGAAACAGAGCUGUGUGUUACAGAGGAACAGGAUAAACCUCUUUAGGGCAAAUAAGCCCAGCCUUUCACAAUAAAAGCCAACCUGACCACA